AUGUUGGGUUUUUUAUUGAGUUUGGCAGUCUUGCACCAAGUACAAUGUAGACCGGCUGAUCAGGCGGUAAGCGCUGGAUCAGAUGCGUUACAUUUGUUCGUGGCAAAUACCUCAUCAUCAAGUGAUUACCACUUGGGACCGAUUCUGUCGGAAAUUGAAAACAUUGAAGACGAAAUCAAUGCAGAUAUGCAGGCACUGAUGCCCUUUUUAAAUUUUAUGUUCGAUACGGACAGCGCCAGUGAUGACAAAGACAGUAGUUGUGAAGAUCAAAUGAUUCUACAACUAGUUCCAGACCACAAUCCAACGAUUUCAAAUCCGGAAUCACCACAAGAUAAUCCUCUAGAUUUUCCAGAAGAAAGUUUACUUGAAAACAAUCCUGAAGCUGCUAAAAACCAUGAAGCACAAGAGUCCGAAAAUCCUUCGGCCAAAGCAAACCCAGAGAUAGUCAGUGCAAAUGAUGAAGAACCGGAAUCGGUGGUUGAAAAUUUAAAUCCAGCAGAAAGUGAUGCAGUCGGACCAGUUGUAGAACAAGUGUAA